CCAAUAGGUCCAUGUUACUAUUUAAACGAACAUAACUUCCCCACACGCGCCGCCGAAGCUCGAGACAUACGGGCAGCAUGAGAGGCGGCGAAGGGCGGGUUCCGGCGGCGGCGGGGCAGUCGGUAAGCAAACGCAGACAUUCUCAGGGACUACAACAAUGCCAUCGCCACACCUCAAAGAAGCGAAGAUUAAACUCAGAAACUGAAACCCUAACCCUAACGACACUCGACGCAGUUCAUACUCAUCCCACCACAUACAAGCAUAAGAAGCACCACCACAGUACGAAGUCAUCUAGUGUGGAUCGAUAUCGCAAGUGGAUGUUCUCUGAUCGUGAUUUUUCCAAUCAUAAAGAUAAGGUUAUAUUUGUAUCGUACAAUAUACUAGGUGUUGAAAAUGCAUCAAAGCAUCCAGACUUGUACUCUAAUGUUCCACCCAAAUUUUUGGAUUGGGACCGCCGGAAAAUGCUUUUAUGUAAGGAGAUCAGUCAGUACAACGCAAGCAUUUUGUGUUUUCAGGAGGUUGACCGUUUCAAUGAUUUAGAUAAUCUUCUCCAAAAAGAUGGCUUCAAAGGGAUUUACCAGGCUCGAACGGGUGAAGCAUGUGAUGGGUGUGCUAUAUUCUGGAAAAGUGAGCUAUUUACCAUUUUGCAUCAAGAGAAUAUGGAGUUCCAGAGUUUUGGUCUUCGUAACAAUGUUGCUCAAUUUUGUGUUUUGAAGGUAUGCACAUUACAAAAUGUAUUGGUGUCUCUAUUUUGUUUAGGUUAUAAUGCCAAACAAAGAACCGAAUAUGACAGGCUGGACAUGAUAAAAAAGGCUGAGGAGAAAGGAACCUCCCCAUUAACUCACUUGUAGGGGUGCCAGAGUGAGAGUGCCAUACUUUUUGGCCACUCCUGCUGCCUAAGAAGCAUGGACACGGACACAUGACACGACACGGAUACGACACGGACACGCCGACACGAUAAUUUUCAAAAAAUGUAGGACACGACACGCGGGGGACACGCAUAAAAU